GGCUUGCUUGCUAGUCUCCCCUUCUCUUGAAUCGAGGGGCGACAAUGCUUCUCUUGCUAUGGGUUCUUCUUCUCUCACCAACCCAUCUUAUUCUCUCUCUGAAUCAGGAAGGCCUCUACCUGCAACAAGUCAAGCAGGGCUUUGACGACCCAGACGGAGCACUCUCCAACUGGAACGACAGAGACGAGACUCCUUGUAACUGGAAAGGCAUCAAAUGCGACUCCAUCACCGGUUUCGUGAACUCGGUCGACCUCUCCAGGACCAACAUCGCCGGACCCUUCCCUACCCUCUUCUGCCGCCUCCAUAAUCUCUCUUUCAUUUCUCUCUUCAACAAUUCCAUCAACUCGUCCCUCCCUGAUGACAUCUCUACGUGUCAGAAUCUCCAGCAUCUUAACCUCGCCCAGAACCUCCUUGUCGGUUCCCUCCCCUCCUCCCUCUCCGACAUCUCAAAUCUCCUCCACCUUGACCUCACUGGAAACAACUUCUCCGCUGAUAUUCCGGUUAGCUUUGGCCGAUUCCCGCGGUUGGAAGUGCUCUCACUCGUCGGGAAUCUCUUUAAUGGAACCAUUCCGUCGUUUUUCGGAAACAUUUCUACUUUGAAACAGCUUAAUUUGUCCUACAACCCGUUCUCUCCGAGUCAAAUCCCUCCGGAACUCGGUAACUUGACUCGUCUCGAAGUUCUCUGGCUCACUCAGUGCAAUCUCGUGGGUCAGAUUCCAGACUCUCUCGGCCGGCUUCAGAGCCUGCUGGACUUGGAUUUGGCCAUGAACAAUCUUCACGGUCCCAUACCCAUCUCGAUUACUAAUCUUUCCAGUGUUGUACAGAUUGAGCUCUACAACAAUUUUCUGUCAGGUGAACUACCAGCAGGGAUGUCGAAUUUGAAAGCCUUGCGGAGAUUGGAUGCUUCCGAGAACAACUUGAAAGGAACAAUUCCGGAUGAGUUGUGUGCUUUACCUCUGGAGUCGCUCAACUUGUAUGAAAAUCGCUUUGAGGGAGCUUUGCCUGCAAGCAUUGCCAUGUCUCCGAAUCUGUAUGAAUUGAAGCUUUUCGGGAACCGGCUUACCGGAGAGUUGCCCAAGGACCUUGGGUCGAAUUCCCUGUUGAAAUGGAUUGACGUUUCAGAGAAUCUGUUGUCAGGAGAGAUACCGGCGAAUUUGUGCUCAAAAGGCUCUCUUCAAGAGCUUCUUCUCAUCUCUAAUAUGUUCUUUGGGCAGAUUCCGGAAAACCUUGGUCAUUGUUGGAGCUUGACUAGAGUUCGAUUGAUGGGUAAUCGGCUCUCCGGUGAGGUUCCUGCGGCGUUCUGGGGAUUGCCCCACGUGAAUCUACUUGAGCUUGCUGGGAAUUUGUUCUCUGGUGAGAUAUCGAAAAUGAUCUCUGGGGCCUCUAAUCUCUCCGUUUUGCUUAUCUCGGGAAACAGGUUUAUUGGACGCAUACCCGAUGAGAUUGGAAUGGUGGAGAAUCUCGUUGUGUUUUCUGGUGGUGAUAACCAUCUUUCUGGUCCUCUACCUGCAACUUUAACGAGGCUCACUGAGCUCACCAGGCUAGACCUUCACAAUAACCAACUUUCCGGUGAGCUUCCCUCUAGGUUCGUGUCGUUAAAGAAGCUCAAUGAGUUGAACCUUGCGAACAAUGAUCUAUCUGGGAAAAUCCCAACUCAAAUUGGGAGCUUGCCCGUGCUCAAUUAUCUCGAUCUCUCGGGAAAUAUUUUCUCUGGAAAUAUCCCGCUUGAAUUGCAGAAUUUGAAGCUGAACAGAUUUAAUUUGUCAAACAACCACCUCUCUGGAGACCUUCCUCCUCUGUACGACAAGGAAACUUAUAGGAAUAGCUUCUUGGGCAAUCCAGGCUUGUGUGGGGAUCUUCCGGAUCUCUGUCCCAGGGGAAGUGAAGCAAGGAACCAGGGUUUCGUCUGGUUGCUUCGAUCAAUAUUUAUCCUUGCUGGCAUGGUCUUCAUUAUUGGAGUUGGCUGGUUCUACUGCAAGUACAUAAGUUUCAAGAACGUGAAGAACGGUAUUGACAAAUCCAAGUGGACUUUGACUUCGUUCCACAAACUUGGUUUCAGUGAAUACGAGAUCUUGGAUUGCCUUGACGAAGAUAACGUCAUUGGCAGUGGAGCUUCUGGAAAGGUAUACAAGGCUGUACUCAGUAACGGAGUGGCAGUUGCUGUGAAGAAGCUUUGGGGAGGAUCAAAGAAGGAUGAUAGCGGUGACAUUGAGAAAGGUCAGGUUCCAGACGAUGGCUUUGAGGCAGAGGUUGAGACAUUGGGGAAGAUCAGGCACAAAAAUAUUGUCAAACUAUGGUGUUGCUGUACGACCAGAGAUUGCAGGCUUCUUGUUUAUGAGUACAUGCCAAAUGGAAGCUUGGGUGAUUUGCUGCACAGUAGCAAGGGAAGCUUGUUAGAUUGGCCAACAAGAUAUAAGAUUGCAGUGGAUGCAGCCGAGGGGCUUUCCUAUCUGCAUCACGACUGUGUCCCUCCAAUCGUUCACAGAGACGUGAAAUCAAACAAUAUCUUGUUGGAUGGUGAGUUUGGGGCAAGGGUGGCCGACUUCGGGGUUGCCAAGGUUGUUGACAUGAUUGGGAAGGGACAGAAAUCCAUGUCCGUGAUCGCUGGUUCAUGUGGUUACAUCGCACCAGAGUAUGCAUAUACUCUUCGGGUGAACGAGAAGAGUGACAUAUACAGUUUUGGAGUGGUCAUUCUAGAGUUGGUAACAGGGAGACUCCCUAUCGAUCCUGAAUUUGGGGAGAAGGAUUUGGUGAAAUGGGUUUGUGUCACCUUGGAUCAGAAAGGAGUUGAUCACGUGAUUGAUCCAAAGCUGGAUACUUGUUUCAAGGAAGAGGUCUGCAAGGUCCUCAAUAUUGGUCUCCUCUGCACAAGUCCACUUCCCAUAAACCGCCCCUCAAUGCGAAGGGUGGUGAAGAUGCUGCUAGAGGUGAGUCCUGAGAUCAGCAACCAGAAAAAGGAUGGAAAGUUGUCCCCAUAUUUUUAUGAGGACUCUUCUGAUCAGGGAAGUAUAGCUUGAGAUUGUUGUGCAGGAUUUUCCAGUACUCAGUGGA